UUAACAUCAGCGGGUUAAGCCACUGCAGGUGUUUGGGCGGUAGUUGACCUCUUCCAGGAAGGCUUCCAGCCCUGCGUCCUUCCUCCAAAGCACACAGACAUGCACUUUCUCUGUGCUGCUGUUGAAUACGGUGCCGUCAUCACCGUGGCACCCAUGUGCCCCGCCCUGUUCCACAUGCUUUGUGUUCCAUCUUUGCUAGCACUGUGAGGUGGGCAUGAUUACCCCGUGGCGAGGGUCACCUGGGUAUUAUAGAACCAAACUUCCAGUCCAGGCAGUCUGACUGCGGCUCCUGUGCUUCUCACUACCCCGGCCUGGAACUGAAUUGUGAUUCCUCAUUCACCUGUCUCCCGGCAAGGAAGCCACACUCCAGGGGUCAGACAUGAUGGCCCGCAGGGCCCAGUUCUCAGCUCCCUGUGGGUGCCCAGUAGUGCUCUUGGGUCAUGUGACUCAGUUACCUUGGGUCUGGUCUCCUUCCAGAAAAAGAAUCCUCCUGCCUUUGUCUCGGGGUGAGCCGAACUGCGCGCAGUAUAAGUUACCAGGCUGCCCCAGGGACUUCAACCCCGUGUGUGGAAGCGACAUGUCCACUUACCCCAACGAAUGCACUCUGUGCAUGAAGAUCAGGGAGGACGGCCAUGAUAUCAAAAUCAUCCGAAGUGAACCGUGCUGAGGGCCGUGUCCAGAAGAGAAGGGGGAGGCACCACCUUCCCUGCCCACCAGAUGGACUUCAGUCCCCCACCUCCCCCUUUGAGAUUGUUAACCCACGUGUUCUGAGAGGAGACAUGGGCGAGAGCCAUGUGUAGUGAUGGAGAAUUAAAAAAAGAUCCUUUGCCCCUGUAGUUGAACUUAUUACCUAGGUGACCCAUGCAUUGCUUUCUUUCCUUGUAAUAAAAUCACCAUCGAAUUCA